CUUAAUCGUGGUUUUUCGGAUUCCGACAAUCUUUCUCGCCAAUACACGCUCCCUUACGACCACCAACUUGGGAUCGAAUCAGCUCUUUCUCGAAGUAGUCGUGACUACUACAACGGGGCAAUCGGAAAUAGGCAUUGCUACGGAAGAAAAUGGGAGGAGACCGGAAUGGACGAGGUUGGUGAGGAGGAAGAUAAUAGGAUUGGGUCAGUAGAAAAUGGUGAUGCCUACGGAUGGUCUCGUGGAUCCCAAUGUAAUCCAAGAAACAGACGAAUUCGACAUUCUGACCCUGUCAGCCGUGGUGCCAGGUCUCCAGUUACACCAGGUCGAAAGGCUGCGAAUUGCGGUCUCGGUUACAGUACUGGAGAUCGCCCACCCAAAGGCACUGAUCGAGAGAAUCCCAGAAGAGGAUCACGAAACCUUCAUCAAUCAGAGCCCUGUUCAAAGUCUGAUCGAAAAUCAGGAACUUCACCUCUCAGACCUCCAAUUACCGAAGACGGCUGUGUCUACCUUGUGUCCCUCUACGACUACGAUCCUGCAACCAUGUCGCCCAACCCCGGGGCCGUUGACGAUGAACUUCCCUUUAAGGAAGGGGAUAUCAUUAAGAGUUUUACGAUGUUUUUCUGCAAGUUAAAUGAGUGUCUGAGUUGGCAUUGCCCCAAUGCGUACACUUGUAUUCCCGUUUUACUUCCAAAGGUGUACGGGGACUGUGAUGAAGAUGGUUUCUACUUUGGAGAAUGCAAAGGACGCAGAGGGUUUGUUCCGUCAAACAUGGUUUGUGAGGCCAACGCCGAUGAAGUGGCUGAUUACCUGAGGCAGAGGUGUCCCGUUAGGGGUCGAUCAACCACAGAGUCCUCUCGGCCCUUGCCACCGGGACAGAUGAAGAAGCCUCAUCGGUCGAGGGCGCAUCACCCCCCUGUGCCUGAUCAACCCUCUGGCCACCUGGAUGACCGCCCACGUAAUGUCAACGUGGAUGCCGGUGGAAAUGCUCCGCGUGCAUUCCUUAAACACCGACACCUUCGUUCAGGCAAAGCUGAAUACACUGAAGGUUCAAAAAGCACUAGACAAUCCGGCAGCACAGACCAGUGUAUCCGAAAACGGAGAGGAACUCAUAGACCGAGACAGUGUGUAAUGGAAGCACUGUACGACUACGACCCUCACAUUUACAGUCCCAAUGUCGAUGUCGAAACGGAGCUUAAAUUCCGUGCGGGAGACCGCAUACUGAUACUCAGCGAGAUGGACGAAGACGGUUUCUACGUCGGCGAACUUGAGUCGUCUGGCCGGCAAGGUCUGGUUCCCUCUAAUUUUCUCCGUGAAAUCCCACGUGUCUCCAGUGAAGGAAAGCCACGACUAGUCAACGGAGGAGAUGACGAUGACAAUGAUUCAUGGAGGAACCCUGUUUAUGGAUCAACCGAGAGCGAGAGGGGAAUUCAACCGCUUCGUGAGUCAAGACCCUCCACUCAUAGCUCUAGCAGGGCUCGAUCUAAGGCUUAUCCGAACAGCGGUGACCUUGAAUCGAUUGCAAGGCCUCGGAAACCACCUGGGAAACCACAAGAGAAUGAGUCAAGACAACUCUCAAGAUCUCGUAUUUCUGCUGACAACGAUCGAUUAGAUAUCAACUAUGUUGACGAUGACGGGGAGGGAGAAGAAGACUCAAUAAUUACCUCCACAGUGCCUCCUGCAAACCCUGUUGAAUGGUCUAACACUCCGUUUCAAAUUCCCGUAACGACAGCACAGCAAUCUGUCACUACAGAUCAUAUGUCAUCACCAAUGAUGGUGUCUAACGACCCUGGUCCUAGUCUAACUAGGACACCGGAAUCGGAGAUACCAAAGGAUUCCUUUGAUUCUGACGGUCAGGAGGCUGUUAUUAUAAUGGACAUCAAAUCUAAUAAACACAGCAAGGUAAGUUUGUUUUCAGUUUAA